AAUUCAAUUCAAUCACAUAAUUAAGCAACUUAGAUUCUCAUGAAUAUUUUCCUUUCAUCUUUUGGCGACUACUCAGAUUCUUCUUCUUCUUCAGAAACAAGUUCUUCAGAAGUGAUUUUGGCAUCUGCAAGACCAAAGAAGAGAGCAGGGAGAAGAGUGUUUAAGGAGACAAGACAUCCAGUGUACCGAGGAGUACGAAGAAGGAACAAUAACAAGUGGGUUUGUGAGAUGAGAGUUCCUAAUAUUAACGUUAACAAAAACAAUAAGUCAAGGAUUUGGCUUGGAACAUAUCCAACUCCUGAAAUGGCUGCACGUGCACAUGAUGUUGCUGCACUUACUCUUAAAGGAAAAUCAGCUUGUCUUAAUUUUGCUGACUCUGCAUGGCGGUUGACGUUGCCGGAGUCAAAUGAUGCGGUGGAGAUAAGGAGAGCUGCGAUGGAGGCUGCUAAAAUGUUUGCAAUUGAAGAGAACCAUAAUCAGAGGAGUGAUAGGGAUGCUGUGGAUAUGAAUAUGGAAAAUUCUAAAAAGAAUGUGCUAGAAGUACAAGUUCCAGUUCUAUCGUCAGAAUUUGAAGACAUGCAUCAUAAUUUGCUUUUGAGUAUUGCUAAUGAGCCUUUACGUUCUAAUCCUCCUUCCCCUACAAAUUAUUAUGGUAGUAACUAUGAUGACAUGGAGAUAUUUGACACUCAGAUAGUUUCUUUGUGGAACUUCUCAAUUUGACACGCUUCACUAUUAUUGGAUGUGGAUGAUUUUGUAAAACUUUUGUUCUAGUUAGGUUUGCUAGAUAGGUACUCAUUUGUUAUAGAAAAUUGCUAAAGAGCACGACAUGCUUUUGUCGUGUAAUCCACAUUUAUAUAUAAGUGAUACAGCAAUGCUAUUUGUAGGAGACAAUUUAUAGCGAAUUUCGCAAGAAUUGCCUUCCAGCCAAUGAAAUUUCACACUUUCCGAAAAACAUGGGGUAGUGGAGUAUAAUUAUGGUUCGACUUUGAAAUAUCCAGCACUAUUUAGCCUUCGUGAUCUUCUCGGGACAGUGCUUUUCGCUCGAUUUAUGUAUAAGUAUUUUGUGUA